GUGCUCGCGCGUGCGCAUCUCUUUCGCGGGGGCUGCUCGUCGCGGCAAAUCUGCGUGUGUGGCGUCCCACCGUCUCGCCUGGCGCGCCGGCGUCUCCCGGGCCCAAAAGAGAAUGUCAGUGGUACACCAGCUGUCACCAGGAUGGUUACUGGAUCAUCUCUCUUUCAUUAACAAGAUCAACUAUCAAGUUCACCAGCAUCAUGAGUCUUGUUGCAGUAAAAAUGAGCCCACUGCUUCUGUUCACCUUGAUUCUGUGUCCUCCUUUGGAUCCUCAACUAAAUUUAUUGCUUCCGACCCUACCACUAAGCCCAAGAAUGAUGGUGGAGGAAAUUGUGAAAUGUUCAUACAAAAAUAUAUUUUUAGAUCUGAACUGUUUGAUAUCACUAAACCUUAUAUAACUUCAGCUAUUCACAAGGAAUGCCAACAAAAUAAUGAAAAGGAAGAUCUAAUGAAUGGUGUUAAAAAAGAAAUCUCCAUUUCUACUCUGGGGAAGAAGCGUAAAAGGUGUGUUGAUUUCAAUCAAGGUGAAUUGGAUGCUAUGGAAUACCAUGAAAAGAUCAGGGGGCUGAUUUUGGAUGGAUCUUCACAGAUAAUCCAAGAAGGUUUAAAAAGUGGCUUUCUUCAUCCACUUUCUGAAAAACAGGACAAGUGUAAUGAGCCCAUUACUUUAUCAUUUGAUACCUGCAAUUUAUCAGAAUUAUGUGAAAUGGCAAAGCAUUUGCCUUCUCUGAAUGAAAUGGAACUUCUGACAUUACAAUUGAUGGAAAACGAUAUGUCUGUUACAGAGCAGGAUUUAUUUUCACGGAUUGUUGAAAACAACUCUAGAUUUACAAAAAUGAUUACUUUAAUGGGACAGAAAUACCUGGUGCCACCAAAAAGCAGUUUUCUUUUGUCUGACAUUUCUUGUAUGCACCCGCUUCUGAAUUGUAGGAAAACAUAUGAUGUGAUAGUGAUAGAUCCACCAUGGCAGAACAAGUCAGUUAAAAGAAGUAACAGGUAUAGUUAUUUGUCACAACUGCAAAUAAAACAAAUACCUAUCCCUAAACUGGCUGCUCCAAACUGUCUUGUUAUUACUUGGGUGACUAAUAGACAGAAGCACUUACGUUUUGUAAAAGAAGAACUUUAUCCUUCGUGGUCUGUGGAGAUAAUUGCUGAAUGGCACUGGUUAAAAAUCACCAAUUCAGGAGAGUUUGUGUUCCCAUUAGAUUCUCCACACAAAAAGCCUUAUGAAGGUCUUAUACUGGGGAGAGUUCAAGAAAAAACUACUUUACCAUUAAGGAAUACGCUCCCCAUUCCAGAUCACAAAUUAAUUGUCAGUGUACCUUGUACCCUUCACUCACAUAAGCCACCUCUUGCUGAGGUUUUAAAAGACUAUAUCAAGCCAGAUGGGGACUGUUUGGAAUUGUUUGCUCGAAAUUUACAGCCCGGUUGGACUAGUUGGGGCAAUGAAGUCCUCAAAUUUCAACACGUGGAUUAUUUUAUUCCUCUAGAGUCUAGAAGCUGACUCUGAUCUUAAAGUUGUGAUUUUCAUCAGUUUUUCCUCAUCUCUCUCCCUUUAUUCUGAUUUUUUUUUUAUUAUUACCAACCAGUAUGCUUAGAAAUGUAAAUAGGACGUUGUUGUUCAGCAAAAUGGCCAGAGGUGACUAGCCUUCAUGUGAUUUUGAGAUGAAUUUUACUUCAGUUGCACUAGCAUUGUAUAUUAUUCUAGGCUCAUUACAAAUAAAGAUGUUACGUGUUUAGAAAAAUGGAAAAACUUUGUUAUGGAAAAAGUCAUGAAGUCUGCACUGUGGACCAGAGGUCAUAUUUCUGCCUAUGGAUGUGUUUUAUUUGGCCCACACAUUGAUAGAAAAAAUGUGAACCAUCAUUCCAAAAAAAUCAGGACAUUUCCCAUACAAGUCGAGAUUGCUGCUUCUUUUCAAACUUCAGAUGCUCUGGCUACACUGCGGUAUGUUUUCUUUCCUAUGUCAAUCUGUAGGACUCAGUGGUGGCAGCUCUUUUGGGAGGGGUCAUGUACUCUCCAGUUUAUGGCAGUGUACCUCUUGCUCCAUGACACUCACUUAUAUUAUCAAUCUGGCCCCUGUAUAAUCUAAACAUACAGCCUCUGUUAUAUACUGUAACAUUCUGGGAAAAGCAGUCAGAGACCUGCCAAGUUUAUACUGAGUUUAGGGAACAUUUUUUGGAGGAUUUUAAAUUGUGUUCAAGGCUACUUUUCAAGUAUGUGUUAGUUUGCUUAUUUUUCUGGCAAAAAUUUAAAAAAAUUUUCUUAUAAAAAGGUCAGAGGUGGAUCCAAGAUGGUGGCAGAAUAGAUGGAAGCUACAUUCACUUCUCCCAGGACCAAACUAGAAUUACAAGUAAAAUACAGAACAAUCAACCUGAAUAACCAACUGAAGACUAGCUGAAUAGAAGCCUCAUAACCAAAAUUUUACAGAAGAAACCACAUUGAGACUGAUAGGAAGGGCGGAGAUACAAAAAGGGAUGGCCUCAGUCCCACAGGUGGCUGAGAUUCUAGAGGGAUCUGUCAGCUGAAAAGGUUCCCCCACAGGAGCAUGGAGUCUCAAUCCCACGCCACGCUCCCCCACCAGAGCACUAGAGCGAGGAAGAGGUGCCCAUAUAACAUCUGGAUGUGAAAAUCAGCGGAAAUUCUGCCCACCAAGGAGAGACAGCUGUCUGCUAGAGACACGGGAGCACUCUUAACUAUGCUGAUUUAUUAUAUAUAAUCUUUUAAAAAAUUUUGAGGUAUAAUUUUUAAAUAAAAAUUUCCAAUUUUCUGUGUAGAAGUUCAGUGAGUUUUGAAAACAUAUAUAAUCGUCUAUCUACCACUAGUAAUUAUGAUAUAUGACAUUUCCUUCUCUUUCAACAUUCAUGUGACUCUUUGCUGUCAACCCCGUCCUUCCAGCUA